UUGCCGACUGCGACCUCACUCUUCCUUCAUUCCCUCCGCCGUUCGAUUCGCAAUCGCUGAUCAAUCCCAUGCCGGCGACCUAGCCCAGAGCUGCCAUUUCCCCCUUCACUUCCGCUUCGCGACCGCUCGCGGCAGCUCGCGAACCGUCUGGAAAGGCAACUCCCCCAUCAUGGCCCCGGCCAUCAGGCAGCUGGCCACCGGCCUCCUGCUCGCACUAUCAUGGGCACCCACGACGCGCGCCGAUUCGUCUGCCGCUGACUACUAUGUCAAGAGCUUGCCCGGACAGCCGGCAGGGCCUCCUGUCAAGAUGCACGCUGGGCACAUCGAGACGGACGCUGACCACAAUGGCAACCUCUUCUUUUGGCACUUUGAGAACAAGCACAUUGCUCAGAGACAACGCACCGUCAUCUGGCUCAACGGCGGCCCGGGAUGUAGUUCCGAGGACGGCGCCAUGAUGGAGAUCGGCCCCUACCGCGUCAAGGGUGACCAGCUGGUCAACAACAAUGGCUCAUGGCAUGAGUUCGCCAAUUUGCUCUUCGUCGAUAACCCGGUCGGCACCGGCUUCAGCUACGUUGACACUAACAGCUACCUCCACGAGCUCGACGAGAUGGGUGAUCAGUUCAUCCUCUUCCUGGAGAAGUUCUUCAAGCUGUUCCCGCAAUACGCUCAGGAUGAUUUGUACUUUGCAGGCGAAUCGUACGCCGGCCAGCACAUCCCCUACAUUGCGAAGCACAUCCUCGAGAGGAAUGAGAAGGCUGGUCCGGAUGACCAAUGGAACCUCAAGGGACUCGUCAUCGGCAACGGCUGGAUCUCCCCAUUCGAACAGUACGGCUCUUACCUCAAGUUUGCGUACGAGAAGGGCCUCUUGGCGCAGGGUUCCGAAAAGGCCAAGCAGCUGGAGCAGCAGUGGAAGAUUUGCCGGAAACAGAUGGCUGUCGAUAUCAAGAUUGACAUCAGUGAGUGCGAGGCGAUCCUGCAGAAGAUCCUCGACGUCACCGCAACCCUCACCACGUCGGGCAAGCGCAACUGCUACAACAUGUACGACGUCCGUCUCAAGGACACGUACCCUUCCUGCGGCAUGAACUGGCCCCCCGACCUGACAGACGUUACCCCCUACCUCCGACGCAAGGAUGUCACCGAGGCCCUGCACAUCAAUGCUGCCAAGAACACUGGCUGGAAGGAGUGCAACGGUGCCGUCGGCUCCGCCUUCCGUGCGCACAAGUCCAAGCCCUCCCGCGACCUGCUGCCCGACCUCUUGAAGAAGGUCCCCAUCACGCUGUUCUCUGGCGCCGAAGACCUCAUCUGCAACCAUAUCGGCACUGAGGAGAUGAUUGGCAACAUGGAGUGGAAUGGCGCCAAGGGCUUCGAGGUGUCCCCUGGCAACUGGGCGCCUCGUCGUGACUGGACCUUCGAGGGCAAGGAUGCCGGUUUCUGGCAGGAGGCCCGCAACCUCACGUACGUGCUCUUCAAGGAGGCCUCGCACAUGGUGCCCUUUGACUGGCCCCGCCGCUCGCGCGACAUGAUCGACCGCGUCAUGAAGGUCGACAUCAGCGCCAUUGGCGGCGAGCCCACUGAUUCUCGUAUCGACGGCGAAAAGGGUCCCGUGACCUCCGUGCCCCCUUCGAAGGGAUCCAACAACCACCCCGACACUAAGCCUGGCGGCGGCGACAAGGGCUCCAGCACCAACGACGACGAGACACAGAAGCAAGUUGACGAGGCCAAGUGGAAGGCGUACUACCGCUCCGGCGAAAUCGUGCUCGUCAUUGUCGUCAUCGCCGCCGGCUUGUGGGGCUGGUACAUCUGGCGCGAUCGCCGCCGCAGGAGCGGCUACCAGGGCGUCGCUGGCGGAGACGGCGCCGGCCCAGGCCACCGCGCGGGCGCCCGCGGCCUUGACCGUUUCCAGGACAGGAGGACGGCGAGGGAUGUCGAGACGGGCGACUUUGACGAGAGCGAACUGGACGACCUGCACGUCGAGACGCCGCGCGAGGGGCCGCAUAAGGAGGCCUACGCCAUUGGCGACGACAGCGACGAGGAAGACAUCAAGGGCAAAGGACCCGAGCGUUCCGGCACGCGGUGA